UUCUAUUUUCCUGUAUUUGGAGUAUGGGAGUUCCGUUAUCAAAAGAAUACAAUGAAUACAAAAACAUUGCGCAACAUUCUUCUAACAGUCGUAAUUUGAUAGCUCCCAGUUUUGGAGCAUGCAUUCCAUUUCUGGAGACAGUAAGCCACUUAUCCAAUGAAAACUGUUGUAUUUCUUACAAAUUACAAUCAUCCUGUAUUGGUGAUAGACAUUUUCAUGCCAAUAUCCAGAAAAAGGGUUUAGCAGCUUUUCUGACUGUCACUGAUAUUACUCAUGGAAAAACGUACACAAUAUGUGAUAUUCAGACUCAAAAUGAGAUAAUUCCAUUACCAAAAAAGUUACUUCAGUACACGGACUUACAAAUCUGCAAUGUUGUAGGACUACAUUAUGAAUGGCUUGUAGUUCAGAUUUUUUGUCAAGAUGGCAUAAAGUUCUUUAUCUGUGAUAUUUCAACCAGCACUUGUUUAGUGCAAUACACUCAUAAAUAUGUACCUCAGUCUAAGUUGAAAUUAUAUGAGUGCCACAUUAGUCCGGAUAGAAUGUUUAUGGUGCUAAAACAAAAUCAGCUUUACCAGACUUUGUACAACAGCAACAUAGAAGAUGGGGAGAAUGUUCUUCUUCUGAACAUUCACCUACAGAUUGGGACAUGCACAGAGGAACCAUGUGAGCUGCUGCACAGUUUCAUCUCCCUUGCUAAUGGGAAAGUUGCCAUGACAUUUGACCCUCGUAUGGACAGUGACUUGAUUGUUUACACAAGUGAAAUGCCUGAUAAAUUAAACAGAGAUAUCUAUAAAGGACAUAUAGGACUGUAUAAAGCUAGUCGGGAUUCAUUUCUGUGCACUACAGGACUACUCAAUCAAGAUUUUCCUGCAUUGCCUGGGAAGUUUCUAAAUCUUCAGUUCCUUCGAGAUGGUUCUGCUAUAAUUUUGUCAGUUCUUGGGUCUGUGAGUCCCACUAGGACAAUUUCUAUUUUAUGUCGAAACAACUUUGUGACUGUUUAUGUCCUAGACUCGGAUUGCUUUCAAAGGACUGGGUCUUUUUCUUAUGUUUCUCAUUCACAGUUUCAACAUUUUGCACCAGUGAUUUCUUCUAGUGGAACAUUAGCUUGUUGUGCAGGCAAAAUCUACAAAAUUGAACAUUCAAGAUCCCAACAAAAUUCUGUAAAAUCUCUUCAGCGACUGUGUUAUAAUGUUAUUGUGGACUUGGUCUUACCAGAAAACGUACAACACUUGCCUCUACCUAAAUCACUCAAGACCUAUCUCCAGUGAUAUUUAUCAGCAGAAACAGAGCCUUUUUUUUUAAUAUAAUUUUCUUAUUGAUAACCAAACACAGUAUA